UGUAGUUGCAGAUUUUGUAAUCCAAGCCUCCAAAUCCGAAGCCUACAAUUUUGUGCCUUUUUUGGAGAAACCUUUUUGGCCAUUUAGAGUGCCAUUAACUCUGGCUUUGGGCCUGGUCUCUUGGAUAUAAAAGGAAACCCUUCAACCAAGCCAUCUAUUCAGGUCUUGGACUCUGAAGUAGAAACACUCGAAGUAUCUCCAAGAUGCAGAACUUGCUGAUUAUUCUAUCGAUAGGAUUAUUAUCCUGUGUGGCAGCCAGGUCCACGGUGGGUCCUGUUCUUUUCAACCCACCAGUAUCGCAGUUUGGUGUCUUCCCAGGACCUACUGGCUAUGCAGUUCCCCCAUUUGCUGCUCCUUUUGGAGGUGUUUUUCCUACUCCUUUGGGUGCUCCCUUGACUGCUUCUCUGGCUUCUUUGGCUAGUCCUCCUAAUCCUACUCCUCUGUCGGUUUCCAGCAGCCAACGUCUGGACUACUUCAACCAGUUCAAUGCCGCCUUUGCUCCAAAUGCUCCUGCCCGCAUCCUGGCAGCCACUCCCUCCGGUCGCCUCAUUACUCCGGGAGUAGCUGCUCCAUUUUUCUUUUAGAUUUUAAA